ACCGAUUAACGAACCGCCCUACCAGAGACCAGUAUAUGGACGGUGAUCGCCGUGCCAAUAUUGGCAUGUACACCGAUAGCAACGUUUUACUCACGCAUGCCAACGACGGAGCCAGUCUCGCUCCAGAAAACCUACCCGAUAACAUUCGCGGGACUUUUUUUGGUUGGAUGCCUUACGGAAAGACCAUCGGUGAAAUGCUAGCAAUUGAUGGAUUCAAAACUCUGGAAUCCUUUGCUGCCGCCGACCCCCAAGGCUGGGCUGCAAUGUCAAACUCGGUGACGAUUCACAAUUUUUCUGCUCAAGACUUCCAUGGUGCUGCCGAUGGAGUCGCUUUUCUGGCUCUUAACCCAGAAUACUCUGUCCACAGUAUCGGGAGCGGGACUCUAGCAGCCGGGACUUGUGAGAAGCUGGCCAAAGCCAGAAUCGUGAAGAUCAUCACACAAAUCUACAACCAAUGUGGACCAACCGAGCCAUUUUGGGUUACGGACCUCGCGGGUGUCACCAACACCAACAAUAUGACCGCAAAUCCAAUGCUUGCUAUCAUGCCAGCCUUCUACUCAGAGGAAGCAGUCAAGCUCGUUCGGUCACUGCCCAACGUCUUGGACCUAGAGAGAUCGAUGGCAACUCUUCAGCCUUCUCAGCAGCUGGCGUACCGACCGUACACCCAAACGGCUCUGGACGGGCUUUUCAAGCUUUUGUGUUCUCUAAACGACAGGAAGGACAAGAUCCAAGUUCUCCAUUUUGUCAACAUCCCUCUCCUUGACAGGAGAAUGGUUGCCAUCAUCUUACGGGCAUGCCCAAAAGUCACUAUGAUUGGCAUCUACGACUGUCCACUCAUCCAUUUUGGAGACGUGAUCUGUUUGCUAGAUCUGAUCAACGAGAUCAACAUCGUUCGCGAGGCCGAGAACGAGUAUCCGAUCAGUAAAUUUGAUUUUUUCCCUCAUUUCAACCAGGGAAUGCCCUACGCUCACCCCGCAGCGGAAACGUAUGGCAUUACUUGGUCAGGGAUGACCACUGAGUUCGCCCACCGAGGUAUCUUCCGAAUUCUUUUGGAAGCUUACAUCAAGGCACGCUCGAUGGGUAUCGAGCUGCUUUUUGAAGAAGACAAGGCCUUCCGGCAGUAUCUUUCUCAACUCCCACUGCUUCCGCUCGCAGUGGAACGAUUUUUUACUGGCCUCGAACGCCAUCGUGAAGCGGGAUUUGUGUAUCAUGGCAUUGACUUCAGCGAUUAUGACGCCGACUUCAUCGCCCGCGCCCGCCUCGCCAAGUGGGAGGCCCAUGAGGGCAUGUACGAUGCUCUCAAAGCAGUUCGUCUUGGCGUUGAGAACAUCUGCCACGACUGGCCGUAUUGGUACGGCCAUGUGAUGGGAGCAAACCUUGUGUUCUGUUCUUCUUGUGGCCAUGAAAUGGUCGAGGAAUUCUUUCUUGAAGCAUCACGGGUAGCCCGACCUUAUACCAGGGUGUGCGCAGGCUGCCUGCUACGCAAAAAGAUGGACGAGGAAGUGAACCAUCAGAGGCAAGAUGUCUUGCGCACAUUGACUAUCCUUUUCGAGGCCUGGAACGGAUAUGAGUUCAACAGGGACGCACCCUUACGAUAUGGCCUUGACGCUAUGUUUAGGCUCAAGUCGACAAGGACUGUUCGAACGUCGGGGCCACUGAUGUACGUCAAUGUAAAUGGGCACAUCGCCCAGCCGCAUCACAUCCACGCUUUGAUACGCGACAACAAGAUCCACAAGGACUCCGUACAGAAUCUUCCAACCUUGGAAGGCCUGCUUCAUGCCAACACUGAAGGGCUGAGGACAAGAGCCAUGCACCACGCUAUGGUGGUAGACGUGGAACGUGUCACAAUCCAGCUUCUUGGUAACAGCUACCAAGGUGAACAAGACGGAAUUCGCCGAUAUGGGGCGACUCGAGUAGAUCGGGCCCGACCCAACCAUGACGACGAAGGUCAGAGAUCACCCCGCGGGGUAAACCCUUUUGGCUUUGAUAUCGCCAGCAUCAUCUUCAGCGCAGCAUCGGCCAUGUGCUUCUGAGGGCCAUGUGUCCAUGGCUAGCAGCCUCCCACGCAAGUAGAAUCGGCGCGAGCGACCUCUUUGAGGUUUUCGUAGCCUUUUCUUACUUAGAGGGUGCAAUCACGGAAACAAGCUCUUGGAAGUUUGAAAGACGACACGAUCCCCAGCUCAGCAACAAUACUGGUAACGGGAAACAAACAUCCAAAGGUUUAGUGACGCACAUUACUGUAAGAGUACUAAUGAUUCUGGUUACGGAAGAGAUUUCUCGUUUAGCUGAGGGAGACAAAUGGGAAACCGAAGUCGAGAAACUCAAGUCGAGAAACUCAAGUCGAGAAAUGGGAAAGGAAAUGGCAGUUGCGUUCCAUACACCGAAUCGCUUUUGAAGUAUGAGGGAAGGGAUUUGAUUAGUGAGAGAGAACAAGACUGCCGUGUUUGAGUCCAGGAAAUACCAGGAAUCAGGGUUCAGGGAGAUGAGAGAAAAUUUGAGUUGAGACUACAGUCGAAAUCAAUG